AUGGUCUAUUAUUGCGGAUAUCUCAUGCGAAAGGACUGGUUGUUGCAGCGAGCCGCUGAUUGGGGAGAGCCGCCCACAACAGCCACAAUAGAUUUUAUCGCCAUGGCUUCAAGGCAUGUCAGGGUACAGACGGGUGUUUACUGCUACACCAAGUUUCGUCGAGUCAAAACCGUCAAGGGCACCGUGUUUUGGUGCAUUGCCUUCGCCUCGAAUGAUCCUGGCGAACAGUUACCAACCAGCGCGCCGUCGGAGGAAAAAUACAAGGCUUUGAAGGAGGUGCUGCAGAGGGAAGGCCCGCCUCUCUGGUACCGAGCUUAUUGAAACAACCCAAGGUCUCGUCCUGUUCAUGACCUUGCACAUACUGUCCAAGCCCUGGAAUCUCAGGACGGAGUGUCGGCGCAAUCCCUUGUCGACCUGUUUCGAUAUAUCUUAAUUGUAACGAAAAAAACCAUCGGGGAGCAUUGCGAACGGGAGACAUUUGUAGUCCGUUCAACUUUGUACAUCUACUGUUACAUUGAACUUGCACAGCGUGCACUGGCCAUGCACGCCUUUCUACUAGACUGACAUGGCCAUGGUCAUCCCUUAAACAUAGACCAGCUUGUCCGUAGUACUAGUAGUCCAAUGCGAAACAUGUUGCAUCC